AUGAAUUUGUCGUUUGCUGGUUGUGGUUUCCUUGGUAUUUACCACGUUGGAGUUGCUGUGUGUUUUAAAAAGUAUGCUCCCCAUUUGUUGUUAGGAAAAAUAUCUGGAGCCUCUUUUGGAGCUCUGUCAGCUUGUUGCCUACUAUGUGAGCUACCUAUAGGCGAAAUAACGAGCGAUGUGCUAAGAGUCGUAAGUGAAGCGAGGGCGGGUUCCCUUGGACCUUUCAGCCCGUCUUUCAAUAUACAGAAUGUCCUCCUCGAAGGCAUGCAGAAGUACUUGCCCCAUGACGUACAUAAGAUCGUCAGUGGCAAGCUCCACAUUUCCCUCACGAGGGUCUACGACGGGCAGAACGUGAUAGUGUCUGAUUUUCCUACACGAGAAGAUUUAUUACAGGCGUUGUUAGCGUCAUGUUUCGUACCAGUAUUUUCGGGACUGCUCCCGCCACGGUUUCAUGGCAUAAGAUACAUGGAUGGAGGCUUCAGUGACAACUUACCAGUGCUUGAUGAGAACACGAUCACUGUCAGCCCCUUCUGUGGAGAGAGCGAUAUUUGCCCAAGAGAUUUAAGCUCUCAACUAUUUCAUAUAAAUUUGGCGAACACAAGCAUAGAGAUAUCAAAACAGAACAUAAACAGAUUCGCGCGCAUUUUGUUCCCGCCAAAUCCCGAAGUAUUAAGCAACAUGUGCAAACAAGGAUUUGACGACGCCCUGCGGUUCCUACACAGAAACAACUUGAUAUCAUGCACAAGGUGCCUCGCUGUCCAGUCCACGUUCCAGCUACAAGAUGUGCUCGAUGACACCACGUUCGAAUAUGACACAGAUUGUGAAGAAUGUAAAACACAUCGACAGGACGCUCUAGUGGAUGAUCUGCCAGACACUGUGAUGACUAUCUUCCAAAACGCCAUCGACUCUGCUAACAGUGGCAUAGUCAACUGGGUUAUGAGGCGGAGGGCUAUGAGGUACCUCACGUUCCUCACGAUCCCUUACAGAGUACCCAUCGAUAUUAUGUAUGCUACAUUUACCAAUUAUGUAGGUAAUAGAGUAGAGGUGCACUCGGUCCAAUACAAAGUGGCUCAGAAUGUGUUCGUGCAUAGAAAGAGGUGUGUGCGACACAACAACCUGAUGACUAGGUUCGUAACAUGCACGCCGAAGAUGAGCAAGGGACUUUGGAAGCUAAGUCUGAACAUGUUGCAACAGCUACACGGCUUUAUGUACGCCAACCACGACCGGUCGGAGGCUGCUGCAAGGAUAUACUACAAGCUAACCAUGGACGGCAAGAUCGACGUCAAUGAUGGUAUGCAGCUGGACAGAAGGCGUGCAAGCGAGUUCCGCAUAACAUACGGCGACGUGAAAUCGGGCCACGACGACGUAGACACGUUUGAACAUAUUAUGAACGUGACGUCACACAACGAAGCUCUUCUUGCGUAUUAUUACCUGGAUGGGGAGAAUAAGAUGAAAAUGACGGAGAUAUAUGACGUGACGGAUGCUGACACUGACGCGGUACAGUCUCCAAUGGAGCGGGACGUCAACAAGCAGUUGGAGUUCGAUAACGACUGGAACUCUGAAUUUAUUCCUGACAGUGACGACUUAGACAUGGAAGCAAUGGAUGACGACGCUUUAGCCGACAGGAAUAUAUUUUCCGAUCCCGAGAGUGAAUGGAAUGUGCGUCGGUCGUACUCCGCCUCCGACAGCGAUGGUGAUCAGCCCGAGGCCGACCGGAGAGGGCCCUAUAUCGAGUUAGCUUAG